AUGGUAAUGAGAAAAUUAGAAAAAUCUUUCAGUGACAGUGGUGUUUCACACAAAUGUAAUAUGAAAAAAAGAAUAACUAGUAAUUCUGAUACCAAAAAAGAUAAGGAAGUAUUUUCCAAAAUAUGUGCAGACCAAGAUUACGGUCCAUCAUUAUAUACUAUUUUAUUCGAUUGUAAAUUAUGCACAAAUAAAUAUUUUCAAAAGUUUUAUCCUUUAAAUAUGAAAGUAAAGAAAUUUUUCAAUAUUUCAUUAAAAGGUUCUACUGAAUAUUCACAUUCAUCCUCAAAUAUAACUAAAUCUAAAAGUUUCAAUAGCUGUGUUAUGGAUAAAUCCAAGAAAAACACAACUUUAGAAAAUAAAAAAAAAGUUACUUUUGAUAAUUCAAAAAAAAAUGAUUCUAUGAAUUCAAAACUAAGCAAUAAUUUAUCAUUAAAUACAUUUACUUCUAAAAAUUUACAAUCCACUGAAGAUACCAUUAAAUGUCAAAGUACAAAGAUGGGAAGAAAAUUUCAAACGCAAAUUACUAAAGCUAACCAAUCAUUGCAAACUGAUAAUGAGGAAGAGUUUGAUUUAUCAUUUACAAAAGUUAAAAAUCACAAUUUAAGUCAACCAAUAUUAUCAGAAUAUCAUUCAUUUACUGAGUUAGAUCCUGAAAUAGAUCAAUUUUUACGUACAGUUGGUGGACCUUUUCCAUUAAUACCACCAACAACAUUAAAUGACUUGAAGAAAGAUAAAAAAUUUUGUAAUUCUUCUCAAGCAAGUUCUUUAUUACUUUCACCACCACUUAAAAGAUCAACUGGUAAAGUUUAUUUAUCACCAAAUAGAAAAAAUAUAUUGGAUGGUAAUGUUAUAAUUGAUGAAAAGGAUAAAAAUAUUGAUAAUUUAAAAGUACUUUCUUAUUCUGAAUUAAAUAUUAAAAAUAAAUGUUAUUUUUCUGAGAUGCCUUCAUUAACAACAUUAUAUGAAGAAACAGAGGAUGAAGAUUAUACUGAGAAAUAUGAUGAACAUUUUGGUUUUAGUAUGAAUGUUAAAAAUUCAAAAAAUGUAACACAUAUAUAUAAAUUUGGAAGAAGUAUGAAUAUAAUGGAAUUUCGCAAACUAAAAUCUAAACCAAUGAUUAAUAUACCAAAAAAAAUAUCAAAUAAUAUUCUUAGAACAUUUUUUGAUAGAAAUGCAGAAAAAAGAACUUAUAUGAUAAGAAGUGAAGAAAGAAAAUUAUCUAAAGGAUGGACAAAUAUUAAUAGAUAUUCAGAAAAAAAAGUCAAGCCAAUUCCAAGUGGUUGUUGGAUACAAGGAAAAGACGAUGAUAAAAUAUCAAAUAAUAUUGGUUCACUAAAAUUAAUAACUAUAAAAAUAUUAAAUUGCCCUAAUGUUGAGGAAUUUAAUUUAGGUCUUCAUUUUGAAGACUUAUUACUUGAAAAUUUUAUCCUUGUUGGUGGUAAUAGUACAUUUGGUUUCUUUACCCGUGAUAAUAUAAUCUUUAAUGAACUUUUAAGUUAUCUUUUUAAAAAUUCUAAUGGUAUCAAAAUUCCGUAUAUUGAUGAAAUAGUUAAUUUUGAAGUAGCUCUCUAA